GGUUAGAGUAUUUUUGGGUGCGCCAAACGCGUCCUAAAUGGAAGCUGUCCCUGUUUGAGGCUCUGAAGUCAAGUGGGACUGUUUGUCCAAGAAACGACAGCAAAAGAGUGGGCGUUUCCUUUUCCAAACACAGAGAAGGGAGAAGAGAAAAAUGGCUGCCGGAGCCGGCGGAGGAAGAAGAAGAGGAGCAAAGAGAAGCUCCAAAUACAAGCAGCUGCCCAACAAUAAAAAAUCCCAACAAGAAAACCACCAUCACCACUUUAACUUGGACCAACAACAACAACGACAACAAAACCUCCUACUAAACCUCCUAAACGACGCCGUCUCCGCCGCCCACUCUUUUCUCUCCCAAAACGACCUCCUCCUCCUUCCUUCUCAAACCCUAGCCCUGGAGUCCCUCCUCUCCUCCACACUCCUCUCCCUCCGCAAAACCCUCCAACCCCUUUCUCCACCACCACCACCACCACCGUCGCAACCACCACCGCCGCAACAACAAUGCUGGUUCCGCCGCUUCCUCUCCGCCACUUCCUCCAACGCCCACGACCCACUCUGGUGGUCCCACGCUUUCCGCAUGUCCGAACCGUCCUUCACUCUCCUCCUCAGGCUUCUCACCCCCGCUCUCGACAACGCCAUCCCUUCCGUCCCGGCCAAUUACGUCCUCGCCGCCGCGCUCUACCGCUUGGCUCACGGCGCCACCUAUAAAGCCGUCGGCCGGCGAUUCGGGCUCGACUCGGCCGAAGCCUGCCGGGCCUUCUACACGGUUUGCAAGGCGAUCAACGAGAAACUCGGGCAUCUGUUCGAGUUCCGUUCCGAUAUCAAAAGGGUCGUGGUGGGAUUCGGGUGGAUUUCGCUGCCGAAUUGCUGUGGCAUAUUGGGGUUCGAGAGGUUCGGGAUUGAUGGGGAAGUUUUGGGGAAAAAUGGGUCUGUGUUGGUUCAGGGAUUGGUGGAUUCCGAAGGAAGGUUCUUGGAUAUUUCGGCUGGUUGGCCCAGUACGUUGAAACCCGAAACCAUUCUGCAACAGACCAAGCUCUACUUGGGUGUGGAGGAAUCUAGGGAGCUUCUCAAUGGUCCUCACUAUCAGCUCAGUGAUGGCAGUUCGAUUCCUCAAUAUAUAUUGGGUGACUCUGGCUUUCCUCUCCUCCCAUGGCUGUUAACUCCUUACGCAAGCAACACAAAUGAUGAUCAGCCUCGUCUUGGUUCGAAAGAAAAGGCAUUCAAUUCGGUGCAUAGCGGCGCAAUGGCGUUGGUCGGCACCGCAUUCGGGAGAGUUCGGACGCGGUGGCGGCUGCUGAGCAAGCAGUGGAAAGAAGAGUGCAUGGAGUUCUUGCCAUUUGUUGUUGUCACAGGUUGCCUGCUGCAUAAUUUUCUUAUCAAAUGCAGUGAGCCUAUGCCGGAUGAUGAAAACUUGGAGUGCUUAAAGGAGGAGGAUGUGGAGCUUCCUGUCUGUAAUGGAGAGAUGAAUGAGAGUGGAAAAAGGAUCAGGGAUUCGCUCGCCAAUCAUUUGAAUCGGGUUAGCUUAAGAAGAAGAUGAAUGCUUUUUGUUUCUUUCUUUUUUGAGAAUCUUGAAACAGUCUGCCCCCUUUUUUUUUUUUUUUUUUUUUGAACUUCGUAAAUGUAUUUAUAUGAAUUUUGAUAUCCUAAUGUAUGUACAUAGAAAAUGUAAAUCCAAAUCGAGCAAAGUUUUGACUCGAUUUUUUUUUUUUUUUUUUUGGCCUA